CGCGCCGCACAGCCAUGAACCCCAACGAUGCCAAGGACUAUCUGGCCCGGAGGGAAAUCCCUCAGCUUUUCGAGAGCCUUUUGAAUGGACUGAUGUGUUCGAAGCCUGAAGACCCAGUCGAGUACUUGGAAAGUUGUUUACAGAAAGUAAAGGAACUGGGCGGCUGUGACAAGGUGAAAUGGGACACAUUUGUCAGCCAGGAAAAGAAGACCUUACCUCCACUCAAUGGAGGACAGUCACGGAGAUCCUUUCUAAGAAAUGUAAUGCCUGAAAAUUCAAACUUUCCAUAUCGGCGGUAUGAUCGACUCCCUCCAAUCCAUCAAUUCUCCAUAGAAAGUGAUACGGACCUCUCCGAGACUGCAGAGUUGAUUGAGGAGUAUGAAGUUUUUGAUCCUACUAGACCUCGGCCCAAAAUCAUCCUUGUUAUAGGUGGUCCAGGAAGUGGAAAGGGCACUCAAAGUUUGAAAAUCGCAGAACGUUAUGGAUUCCAAUACAUUUCGGUGGGAGAAUUAUUAAGAAAGAAGAUCCACAGCGCCAGCAGCAACAGGAAAUGGAGUCUUAUAGCCAAAAUAAUUACAACUGGAGAAUUGGCCCCACAGGAAACAACCAUUACAGAGAUAAAACAGAAACUGAUGCAAAUACCUGAUGAAGAGGGCAUUGUUAUUGAUGGAUUUCCAAGAGAUGUUGCCCAGGCUCUAUCUUUUGAGGACCAAAUCUGUACUCCUGACUUGGUGGUGUUCCUGGCUUGUGCCAAUCAGAGGCUCAGAGAAAGAUUACAGAAGCGUGCAGAGCAACAGGGGCGGCCUGAUGACAAUCUGAAAGCUACCCAAAGGAGAUUAAUGAACUUCAAGCAGAACGCCACUCCUCUGGUUAAAUACUUCCAGGAAAAGGGACUCAUCAUGACAUUUGAUGCCGACCGAGACGAGGAUGAGGUGUUCUCUGACAUCAGUGCGGCCGUUGACAGCAAGUUAUUCCCAAACAAAGAGGCUGCAACAGGUUCGAGUGACCUGGAUCCUUCAAUGAUGUUGGACACGGGAGAGAUCAUUGAUACAGGAUCUGAUUAUGAAGAUCAGGGUGAUUACCAGUUAAAUGUGCUGGGAGAGGACACCAUGGGAGGUUUCAUGGAAGAUUUGAGGAAGUGUAAAAUUAUUUUCCUGAUUGGUGGCCCAGGCUCUGGCAAAGGCACACAGUGUGAAAAGCUGGUGGAAAAAUAUGGAUUUACGCAUCUCUCAACUGGCGAGCUCCUGCGUAAUGAGCUGUCAUCAGAAUCUGAAAGAAGCAAAUUGAUCAGAGACAUCAUGGAACGUGGAGACCUGGUGCCCUCAGGCAUCAUUCUGGAGCUCCUGAAGGAGGCCAUGGUGGCCAGCCUCAGUGGCAGCAAGGGCUUCCUGAUUGACGGCUAUCCUCGGGAAGUGAAGCAAGGGGAAGAGUUCGGACGUAGGAUUGGAAACCCGCACUUGGUGAUCUGUAUGGACUGCUCGGCAGACACCAUGACCAACCGCCUUCUCCAGAGGAGCCGGAGCAGCCCGUGCGCAGACGACAACACCGCCACCAUCGCCAAACGCCUUGAAACCUACUACCGAGCAUCCAUUCCUGUGAUCGCCUACUAUGAGACAAAGACACAGCUACAGAAGAUAAAUGCAGAGGGGACACCAGAGGAAGUUUUUCUUCGACUCUGCACAGCUAUUGACUCUAUUUUCUGAAGCAAAAAUGCAUGUUUGUUAAGGAGAGUGGAGACAGAGAAAAAUACUAAAGGUUCAUCCCUUAACACAGUAUGUUGUUCCGAGUUAAACCUUUUCUGUCCCCUCAAAUCCUGACGUCGCUGUUUGCUUCCCAGCUUGACCUGUCUGAGAGGUGUCUGGAAAUCAUGCAUGGUGUAUCUGGUACUAUCCAACCUUUUCUUCAUAGUUCAGACAGCUGUCUGCACUCACAGCACACACACUUUUCUAUCAAUCACACAGGCUGCACCUCGGAGCUCAGUCAGUAUGUGAACAGCACUGCAGUGCCAGUCUGUCAGUUGUGCCCUGAGGACGCUCUAGAGGGUGAUCAUUUGGUCCUACUCUCAUCAAAUAUGGAGUUAGCUUCCCUAACUCCCAACACAUCUUCCUUCCCCUCCCCAGGAUUUAUAUGCUGUUGCCUGAUGAAGGCUCUCAAUUUAGGGGGCAGGCUUGGGCCUCUUCCUCUCGUGGCUGUUUCCUCAAGUCUCACCCACUGGUAGCUCAGAGCUAAAGAGAUUGGAUUGACAAAACAAUGCCAAUUAUGGAUAACAAAUUUGAUUCAAUUUGAACACUUUGAUAAGAAAUUUUUAAAAUGUGAAAUUUUAUAGCUUUUCCAAGGCAGCAAAACCCAGACUAGUCACCAGUAACAUUUCUCGGUUCAUUUUUAUGAAACUGGCUACUUGGAAUACUGUCAUAAUGGCUAAGAGAACAAAUUGGAUAAAUUUGUCUAACCUAGUCUCUUCUGUACCUGGCGGUGCAUUUCAGCAGUUAAUUAAUACCAAUGAUCAAAUGUAAUUUAAAAGCAUGAAGUGAUCUGUUAUUGCAUCCACUGGACUAAUGUCAACAUAUAGUUUUGAUAUUAAAUGGUCACCUAUUUACUUACCAUUGUUGCCAAGCAAGUAAGAAAUACAGUAACAAAACUCAUGAGGGUGGGAAGGGGCAUGUCAGUACAUGAUGUUAAUAGAGAUCCCAAUACUGUAUUUGUUUCAUACAGGCCUUUUCCAGGGGUUUCAAAACCUUACCAUACCCAUAUGUAAAAUUGUUUCCUUGCAUCAAAACAGUGAAAUUUUGGUUCUCUUUUGUGCUAUCUGUUGCCAAACCAGAGCUUCUUACAUAUUCUACUGGAACAACUGCAUCUUCCAUUCAGUCACUACAAAAGAUCAUAGUUUCAGUUUGCAUGAUUUUCGUUUUCUUCAAUGGUUGUGCAGAUAAGG